GGAGUGGACUGUAGGCGUAAUGUUCAUUGUGUGUGUUUUUUGUGUGACAAACAAUUGACUGUUGGCUACAAUGCACGCACUGGUCGUGUAGUGGACUCGCAAUGCGAUUGUCAUUUGAUUUUGUAUUAUAUUUGUUGAAUUGAUUUGAAAUAUUAGCAUCCCCUUUUCAAACGGUGGACACAAAAAAACCGAUUAUCAUCACGAAUACCAUUCAUCGCGAGCCGGGAACAGAUCAUCGACUGUAAAGUACAUCACGUGGUCAUCGACAGCGACAGUCACCACCGAUUGCCACCACAACUGCACCGCACGUGCGAACUCAUCCUCGCAGACAUCGACGCCGAUCACAACCGUCGCUCAAGAGGCUCGACAAUCAUCACCGCAAGCCAUGGCUGUCGUGUUCGAUGAGGUGAUAGUCAACGAGUUGUCUUCGGAGGGCUUUGAGCUGAAGCCGCGGUUCGCCUCAUCCGUGCGGAUCCAAGUGAUCGACGAGUCGGACAACCUUCUGGUGCGCUGCAAAGCCAACCACACCUCCGACACCAACAGCUUAUGUGAUAUCGAGAUCUUCAAGGACUCGGACACCGCGCUGUUCGGCGCCAACGGCUACUGUAUUACAGACAAUGGCAAGACGUUUGUGUUAGUGUUCAGUCGACACCAUCAGCAGCAGCAGCAACGGCCGCAACCGCCGCAGACCUCACCCCCGGAGCCCGACCUC